AUGGGAUGGAUUACAACAUUUUAUGGGAUUGAUUGUGUUGUAGACAAAUCACGUAAAGUGGUAGUAAAACAUUUCGAGAAGCAUUGGAAUGUGCACGGUUUUAACUGCGUGUUUAUGAUCUCGUGGGCAUCAAACGAUUCUAUUUUUUUAAGGCGACUUCCGAUGAAAUGUUACGCGACAUUUAAUUACUUGCUUGUUAUGGAAUAUUCAAUGUCACAUAAUGAAAAGCAAGCUUGA